UUGGGUCACACUGACAUGGAAACGAAAACAUUGGAUUCGGAAUUUGUUGAAAUUCUUCCAAAACACUCCAAUUUAAGUGCUGAGGAGCUUAUUGCUCAUCGUCACACGGAUUUUGCAGCGCCAAGUGGAGGUCUAAAACGCACUCAAAAUGAAGGCACUGCUUUGGAACUUGGGGAGCUUAAACGGGCACAGGAUCACUUGCGAGCUCAGUUGUCAGUGCCUCGUAUAGAAAGACUUGGAGGAAGAGCUCUGGGUAUUUGGAAUGAAGAUCAACAAGUGGCGGAAGUCCUACGCAAGGAUGGUAAAUUCGAAAACUUUGGAUACAGUGAGAAGGGAAAGCUCUACUUGGAAUACUAUGAGUCUUUGUUCUUACUGGAACUGGGACGUCUGCAAUUGGAGUAUUAUGGCUCAGUAGUUUCAAUAGAGCAAGCUUAUGUGCUCCUCCUUGGCGAGCUGGAAAGUGAAAAGUACACAAAUUACCUGGUUUAUUCCGCCUUAUCCCGUGCUGGCUAUAUAGUCGUCAAACAUAAACCACCUGAAAAAACUCCAGAAUCAGUUACCAAGGCAGAUUGUAUCUGGGCCUUGUUAAAAGAAAAAGUGGGAAAUCAAUUUUUACCGGAUUACAUUAAAACUUCGCCAUUUUACCCUGUCGUUGAGAAACAGAUGGAAGAUAUCAAGGAACUCAUUAUAUCGCAAAAUAUAAAAGAGAUUAAUAGCACAGAAGAAUCCAUUAAUUUACAAUUCGACUUAAAAAAGCGUAAAGCAAAUGAUGACCUGAUAGAAGAACCUCUCUGUAAAAAGGAAAAGCUUUCCACAUCAGGUCGAAGUCUAGUUGAUCACCUUAAAAAUGAAAUUUCGUAUGCCAAAUUCGAAGAGGUCUUUAAAAAAUUCGAUAUUGUACAACUUAAAAGCCAAGAUUUUGGCAAAGAAGAAAUUACUGUACCUUCUGCCUUAAAAAUAACCUUCGAUCUGCAUCUACACAAUGAGGGUUUUAAGAAGAGUUCACCAAAACCACCCAAUUUUAAUGUAAUUAUUCUUCCAUCUCAAGAGGCUUUUCCCACUCACAAUGAUAUCUCAAAGAUUCAACAUCAAUCUCUUCACACCGCUCAAUUGCUUGUCAUAUCCGUUGGCGAAUCCAAACAAAUACAGGCCUUUCUGUACUUUAUAAGUUGAUGAUUACCAAUACAAUGUGGAUAUGCCACCUCAAUAAAUUGUACGUGUGAAUAUUUUUAAA